CCCUCCCCGUAAUAAUAAUAAUCCCCGCCCAGAUCGUCGCAGCAGCGGAAUCCAGGGUCCCGGACCGAAUCCAUUUCCAGGUAGAAAAACCAAGAUCCAUUUCGUUAAAGCUUUCUUGGUGAUUUAGUCGCGCGUUGCGUUAAUCUUAGAAGAGCUAGCUAGCUUGUCUCAAUCAGUCUUCGCGAUGGCGCUCAACCUUGCCCACCAGACCGGCGCGGCGGCGGCCGUGGCAGCCGCACCGACUGGGCCGCGCACAGCCGUGGUCGCGGCAGCAGCCACGGCCGCGCCGCCGGCCGCAGCUCCGGCCCCCGCGCCGGGCCUGCACCUGCAGAGUCUGACGGUGGACCAUGCGCCGGCGCAGGCGCCGGACGCGCUGUCGGUGAAGCCGGACCUCGCCAUGGCGUGCCAGGCGCUGGUGGAGAACCUGCCAGAGGCGGAGCACGCGGACGUAGCCGGCCAGCAGAAAAGCAAGGCUGGGGUGCCGGUGUUCGUGAUGAUGCCGCUGGACACGGUGCGCAAGGACGGCAACGGGCUGAACCGGAGGAAGGCGGUGGAGGCGAGCCUGGCGGCGCUGAAGAGCGCCGGGGUGGAGGGCAUCAUGGUGGACGUGUGGUGGGGCAUCGCCGAGGCUGAAGGGCCCGGCUGCUACAACUUCAACGGCUACAUGGAGCUCAUGGAGAUGGCCAAGAAGACCGGGCUCAAGGUCCAGGCCGUCAUGUCCUUCCACCAGUGCGGCGGCAACGUCGGCGACUCAGUCACCAUACCAGUUCCGAAAUGGGUAUCGGAGGAGAUGGACAAGGACCAGGACCUGGCCUACACCGACAGGUGCGGCCGCCGCAAUUACGAGUACGUCUCGCUCGGCUGCGACACCCUGCCCGUGCUCAAGGGCCGCACGCCCAUCCAGUGCUACGCCGACUUCAUGCGCGCCUUCCGCGACCACCUCGCCACCUUCAUGGGCAACACCAUCGUCGAGAUCCAAGUCGGCAUGGGUCCGGCCGGCGAGCUGCGCUACCCGUCCUACCCCGAGAGCAACGGCACCUGGUCGUUCCCUGGCAUCGGCGAGUUCCAGUGCUAUGACAGGUACAUGCUGAGCAGCUUGAAGGCCGCAGCCGAGGCUGUGGGCAAGCCGGACUGGGGCAACGCCGGGCCUGGAGACUCCGGCGGUUAUAACGAUUGGCCGGAAGACACGCCCUUCUUCCGCCGCGAGGGAGGCUGGAACACGCCCUACGGCGAGUUCUUCAUGAGCUGGUACUCGCAGAUGCUCCUGGAGCACGGCGAACGCAUCCUAUCCGCGGCGUCAGCGGUCUUCACGGGCACGCCGGGCGUCAAGAUCUCCGUGAAGGUGGCCGGGAUCCACUGGCACUACGGCACCCGGUCCCACGCCGCGGAGCUGACGGCGGGGUACUACAACACGCGGCACAAUGACGGGUACCUGCCGAUCGCGCGCAUGCUGAGCCGCCACGGGGCCGUGCUCAACUUCACGUGUGUGGAGAUGCGUGACCACGAGCAGCCGCAGGACGCGCAGUGCCGGCCUGAGGCGCUGGUGCAGCAGGUGGCCGCCGCCGCGCGGGAGGGCGGCGUGGGCCUGGCGGGCGAGAACGCGCUGCCGAGGUACGACGAUACGGCGCACGACCAGGUGGUGUCCACCGCUGCGGAGAAGGCCGAGGAGGAGCGCAUGGUGGCGUUCACGUACCUCCGCAUGGGCCCCGACCUGUUCCAGCCCGACAACUGGCGCCGCUUCGCCGCGUUCGUGAAGCGCAUGUCGGAGUCCGGCGCGCGGGACCUGUGCCGGGAGCAAGUGGAGCGGGAGGCCGCGGGCGUCGCGCGCGCCACCGAGCCGCUGGUGCAGGAGGCCGCCGUCGCGCUCAGCAACUGAGGCGCGUGCAUUCCCACUGCUUUACUAGACCGUGAGUGUUGCUGUACCUCAUAAUCUGUGAGAUAGGGGUGGGUGACUGGGUAAGUAGUUGCCACGUUUCGAGCUUUGAUGCCGGUUUUGGCGUCGCUCAAAGCUCGCAGAGGAUGAUUUGUUUGUGAUGUACUGCUACUAUCCUACAAAAUGUAUGAGAAACUCAUGAUUUGUAAUGUUAUUAUCUAAUGAAGAAACAAAAUUUAGCAA